UGGCUCACAAAGAGACUCUGCCUCAGGAUGGCGACCACUACCGCAGACUCAGGGAACUAGCCGCACCUCUCCACGCCGCCUGCACACUGAACCGGUCGGCUCUGCCUAACACUGCCUGUGCACUGAACUGCACUGGACUGCAACUGCAACUGCAACUGCACACUGAACUGCACCCAGCACAGAGCCGGCUGAGCCCCCAGUCUGCAAAUUCAGGACUUUUCCCAGGGUUGAUCGUCCGCGCCGGAGUGUCUGCAUAGCUGGGGCAGCGAUGUUCCCCCCUGUGAUCGGGCUCCUGCUUCUGCUGCGGCUGCAGAGCGUCUACACUCAGGACCUGUACGAGGACAGGACAGCGGGGCGGGGCAAGGGCAAGCUGCUCACCACCAACAUUAUACAGACUCAGAAUGGACAAGAUGAAGACUGCAGCCUGGAGCUGGCGUUCCUGGUGGACAGCUCGGAGAGCGCCAAGGACAACCACGCGCAGGAGAAGCAGUUCGCCAUGGACAUGGUGGACCGGCUGCAGGCCAUCCAGCUGAAGACGCGGCGAAGGCUGAGCUGGCGGGCAGCGCUGCUGCAGUACAGCAGUCACGUGAUCAUCGAGCAGACCUUCAAGCAGUGGCGGGGCAGCGAGCAUUUCAAGUCCAACCUGGCGCCCAUCGCCUACAUUGGCCACGGGACCUACACCACCUACGCCAUCACCAACCUGACCCAGAUCUACCUGGACGAAUCCAAAGCGGGCAGCAUCAAGGUGGCCGUGCUCAUGACCGACGGCCUGUCCCACCCCAGGAACCCUGACAUAUUUUCGGCCACCGCCGACGCCAAAAAUCAGGGGGUGAGGUUCUUCACCGUGGGAAUCACCCCCACGGCAAACGAGCCGGCGAACGUGGCCCAGAUGCGUCUGUUGGCAAGCUCCCCGGCGACCCGGUACGUCCACAACCUGCAGGACAAGGGCAUCGUGGACACCCUCAUCAAGGAGAUUGCAGAAAUCGUGGAUGAAGGGUGUCCUCUGGCCCAGAGAUGUGCGUGCGAGAAGGGGGAGCGAGGACACAUAGGCGCAGCUGGGAAAAAGGGUCGCCCGGGUGACGACGGAGCGCCAGGUUCCAAAGGCAACAAGGGUGAUCCUGGACUGAGUGGACUUCCUGGUCGGGAUGGGUCAGAGGGUAAACCUGGCUACAAAGGAGAACAGGGUGAGAGGGGAGAAUGUGGCACUCCAGGAAUUAAAGGAGACAGGGGUCCUGAGGGUCCAGUUGGCAUCGCAGGUUCCAGAGGUCCACAGGGACUGCCUGGACCACAGGGAGACAUCGGCCCAGAGGGUCCGUAUGGAAAGAAGGGAGAACGGGGGCCUGCCGGUCCACCUGGAAUGAUAGGAGAAACAGGCAUUGGCCUUGCUGGACCCAAGGGUGAUAUGGGUUUCCAGGGGCGACCGGGUCCCCCCGGUCCGCCGGGUGUAGGAGAACCAGGCCAGCCCGGGUCUCAAGGGCCACAGGGGGUUCAAGGAGAGAAGGGGCCCCAAGGAGAAGGAUUUCCUGGACCAAAAGGAGACCGCGGGCUGGAUGGACCCAGGGGGCCCAGAGGCAGUACCGGAUUGGGAACUAAAGGUGAAAAGGGGGAGGUCGGACCCAUCGGUUUCCCAGGAACGCUUGGCCUGCCCGGAGCGGGUAUUACAGGAGAGAAGGGUGUAGAGGGGCCCCGGGGCCCACCAGGCGGUCGGGGGCCACCAGGAGAGGGCUUCCCAGGACCGAAGGGAGAGCAAGGUCUGCCGGGAGAAUCAGGGGCGACAGGGGAGAGAGGGGCCGGUGAACCUGGACCAAAGGGCGAGCCAGGGGCUUCCGGCUUGGCUGGUUUGCCUGGGCUUCCUGGUGAAGAUGGUGCACCUGGACAAAAGGGUGAACCCGGUGCAUCAGGCCUCCGAGGUCAAGAGGGGCCAGCGGGGACAGGUACUCAGGGUGAGAAGGGAGACCAGGGUCAGAGGGGCAUCCGUGGGUUACCCGGACCUCCUGGCAUUGCUGGGCCAUCAGGUGCCAAGGGGGAGCCUGGUUUACCUGGCAGACUAGGUCUACCUGGGCCUGCAGGACGUUCCAUCUCCGGACCAAAGGGGGAUAUUGGUCCACCUGGUCAUGCUGGACCUGUAGGAGAGACAGGCUAUGGACUGCCCGGUCCCAAGGGAGACCGGGGUGACCCUGGCCCACAUGGUCCAGUGGGUCCAAAAGGUGAAGGAUACCCAGGCCCUAUAGGCCCUCCAGGCCUUCCAGGACCUACCGGAGAUCCAGGUCCUGAGGGGCAGGGCUUUCCUGGACCAAAGGGGGACGUUGGCUACCGAGGCCCACCAGGGCUGCCUGGCCCACCAGGCGAGGGAGUGCAGGGACUUCCGGGUAAUAUUGGACGCCCAGGACCCCCAGGUCCUGCAGGACCCCCUGGAGAGGGUAUACAGGGCCCAAAGGGUGAGCAGGGACCUCUGGGUAUACCAGGACCAAGGGGACCCCAAGGUGAAGGAUACCCAGGUGUUAAGGGAGACCGUGGUGCCCAAGGUGAGAGAGGGUGGAAGGGGGUGAAGGGAGACGGAGGAGACCCUGGAGUUCCUGGUCAAGCAGGUAGACCAGGAGUCAAAGGUGAGGCAGGUCUAACGAGGGAAGAUAUCAUUAAAAUGAUCAAGGAGAUAUGCGGGUGCGGCAUCAGAUGCAAAGAGAGACCGAUGGAGCUCGUGUUUGUCAUCGACAGCUCGGAAAGCGUUGGACCGGAGAACUUUGAGAUAAUCAAAGACUUUGUGACGGCCCUGGUGGACCGCGUGACCGUGGGCCGGAAUGCCACGCGGAUAGGGCUUGUGCUCUACAGUCUGGAGGUCCGCCUGCAGUUCAACCUUGCCCGCUACGUGGCGAAGGAGGACGUCAAGCUAGCCAUUCGAAAGAUGCCCUACAUGGGGGAGGGCACGCACACGGGCACCGCCAUCCGCAAAGCCACGCAGGAGGCCUUCUACAGCGCGCGGAGCGGCGUGCGCAAGGUGGCUAUCGUCAUCACGGACGGGAAGACGGACAAGAGAGAGCCGGUCAAGCUGGACAUCGCCGUGAGGGAGGCCCACGCAGCCAACAUCGAGAUGUACGCCCUGGGGAUCGUCAACGCCACCGACGUGACGCAAAUGGAGUUCCUGCGCGAGCUCAACCUGAUUGCCUCCGACCCGGACAGCGAGCACAUGUACCUCAUCGAUGACUUCAACACUUUGCCAGCCCUGGAAUCCAAACUGGUCAGUCAGUUCUGUGAGGAUCAGAAUGGAGAGCUGGUGUACAAUCACAUCACCAAUGGCAACGCGGUCCACCCCAAUGUGAACAACAACUACUGGAACAGUUUCAGUGGAAAUAAUGGCUAUGGGUACAACGUCAAGGAGGAAGACGCCAACGCGAGACGUGGCACCACCCAUACAGUACAGGUUGAAGACCACAGCAGGAAAACCUCGGAUCAAGGCAUCAGGACUGUGGGACCUUUUCAGCCUGUUGUUCCUUUCAUAGAACCCCCAAACUCAAACACAUCAACUUCAUCAAAAUCAACAUCAUCAACAUCUAUAUCUACGUCCUCUACUUCAGUCCAUGUUCAGCCAGCACCCCGGCCUGCUCUGCCUAAAGAGUCGAUCCCCCUAAACCCACGGUGUGGCCAGAGCUUGGAUCAGGGUUCCUGCCGUGAUUACAACAUCCGCUGGUACUACGACAAACAGGCCAAUGCCUGUGCGCAGUUCUGGUACGGCGGCUGUGAAGGAAACAAUAACCGCUUUGACACAGAGGAUCAGUGCAAGGAGAUAUGUGUGCUUUCCAGAGCAGGAGGCUGAACUCCAGUAAUGAACCAGCAUUUUGUUUUUGUUUUUUUUUUUUCUCUGAGGUUCUCCAAGGAGGAAACUAAUAUGAAAUUUACACCGUUUUUGCUAACAGUGUUCUGUUACCCAAAUGUCUAAUAAUGCAAUAUGUUAUUUAAUUGUGAAAUUAUGCCAACUAAAUGACAUUUAGUUUUAGUGUUUUUUUAUGUCUGAAGGUUUAAGAAAAAAAAAAAUUAUUUCAACAAUUUGGGUUCCAUCGGGUCACAACAAAUUUAAAAAAUGGUUCCCACCACCAGCAGUAAAGGACUGGGUAAAAAUAUAACAGGCUGUAAUGCAAUUCAGCUCCAAGACUUCAUUUGAAAGUCUUUUACAUUGAUUUACAUUACAUUACAGGCAUUUGGCAGACAGAGGACGCUCUUAUCCAGAGCGACGUACAACCAAGUGUCUUUUACUGUAAAACUCAUGAAAAUGCUCAGCAAUAUGACCGUUUGUUCACCAGUUAAAACAAUAAAAAAUUUGUUGUAAA